AAGGGGGAAAACAUGGGAUAAUGAAAUAGUCCAACCCCCAGAAGGUAGAAUGACGACUCAGUCUGCACGACACACCUGGUUCAAACGUUGACGGGUCGAUUAGUCGUCUGCUCAGAUCUCAUGGAACAGUGCCGCACUGGUUUUUGUUGCUUUUUUUUUAUUUGAAGGAUAUAUUAUAAACAUUGAUGCGAGAAUUCUGGGAAGUCAUUCUUGUGUCUCUUCGGGUUUCUUUGGAUAAAAUCGUCUCGAUGUAAAUGGACUUGGAGUUAACCCUAAACCUUUGAACUGAGUGGAUUUCGAACGAUUGGAUGUAGUUUCUACCAACGCCUGUAUGGUCGAGCUUGAAACAGGGCAUAAUGGAGGCGUCCUUGCUGGCCAUAAUACUGAGUGUUGGAAUGCCUCUUAUGGUCCUGAGUGAGAUUAUUGCAUGGAAGCUGUCGCCGAAAUGGUCAAAAAGGGAAUCUGUGAUCAAACGAAAAACUGUCGCCUCCACCAUCGUCUUUGAUCCUUUAGUGUCCGCCAUAGUCUGCCCACUGACUGCUGACCUAUACUCGUCUGUACACGUGAUGGAGUGUGACCCUUCCUUCGUCGUCAGCAUCGUCGCGGUCAUGACUUUACUUUACGUCUCCGCCCUUAUCGUUUGCUUCCGCCUCUUGGCCAUCAUGUCGCCGAGGUCCAAGUCGGAAGUGGACACCAACGAGGUCACCGCCAGCUUCUGCCUGUCCGUUGCCGUGAACGCCCUGCUGACGUGGGUGGUCCUGUCUCUGCUGCAGCCGUCCCGCAUGGACGCCGUCGUCUACGACUCCGAGGCGUGCCUGGUUAGCGUCAGGCAGAAGUCGUCCAUCUUCAUCUUCGUCAUGUGCAUGGCCAUUCAGAUGGUACACGUUCUGUUCUACGCUUGCCUGAGCAACUCGGUGGUGGGGAAGUACAAACGUGAGCUGUACGCCGAUGAGGCUCAGGCCGACGAGCUGGAAGAUACGGACAGACGGUCAAUCUUGAUCUACACAUUAGCCUCUCUAUUUAGCCUGGUUAUGACCAACUUACUACGUAUGUGUUUUACCCAUUGCUCGUGUCAACAUUUUCUUCUGUUAGCCAAUGGUCUCUAUUUGACCAACUGGGUUAUAGCCUUUAAGCUUCCUCUCUCAGGAUUCAUUUAUUUUCUGGUCAACAAAUUUGUCCUACGGACGAGCUGAACAAAAGCUCUGCGAUGCCUACACAUGGAAUUAUGUACUAUUCUGUUACUUGAUUAAAACAGGUCUUUUUUUUUAAAUGAGGCAAUCAGAUCUAAGCUUGCCUCAGACCAGGUUGUAAGAUGCGCUAAUUUGUACGCAUUCUAAAAAUAUGAAAAUCAGUCUAUAGCAUUUGCCCAUUGGCAACAAUCUAUAGCACUUGUCAAUAGAGAUUCUGUUUGGAAAGUAAAUAAAUCCAUUUGUUCUGUGGUGUAAAAAUGGCAGGCAAACUUUUCCCCAUCGACUUGAUCUAUUCUUGUUCAUAUCUAUCUAGUUUGUUACAAAUAUCCCAGGUCAGUCAACAAUUAUUUUUUUCUGCCAACCUGAAACCAAAGCAAUAGAAAAAAAAAGUAUGGAAGUAAAAAAAAAAUGUGGUCAAAAUAUCAGGGAAGUAUUAUCCUAUUUUUUUUUCAUCUUUCAUAAGACUUGAAAGAAUAAUGAGAGUAAUUCAGAUGUUUUGUUUUUUUUUAUGAGCGUAUAUUUCAUGGCUGUAUGAUUGAAACGUUGCUGACGGAGGAUAAACUGCAGCUGCAACUUUUUUUAUGUAGACUUGACAAUCAAACAAAGAAAAAAUCCAAAUCUGUCGGAAAAUUCUUUUUAAAAAGUGGAUAAUUGAUUCAAGCAAACAAAAUGUGUUUAUUUUAAUUUUGUGUAUUUCAUUAUUUUUUUUUUUACUUGAUUGGUCUUCAUUAUUAUACCAUGGAUGUAUGGUAAACAAAGACGAGGACAUGCGUGAUAUAACUGUUUAGUAGUGAAAGCUGUUUGUAACAUUGGAAUGAGAUCAGAAUUGACUUCAUCUGAUUCAUUCCUGGAAAUAGCAUCUCGUAUUUCAUGAUUGUGUUGUUUUCAUAAGUUUCAAAAGCAAAAGUACACAAAAUAUAUUUAUAUCGUCUCUUACUUUGACUUCUAUGCAUUUUAUAAGCCUGCAAAUGUUAACAGAUUUCUAUUUCUACCUUUUUUUUCCCCACAACAUUGUUUUCUGUUGUUACAAAGCGAAGUUUCAUGCAAUCUUACAGGAUGUAAGGCUCAAGCCUACUAGCGCAGAUAAGACGAGGACCAAACUUGUGUCCGGCCUGGGAUGAGGGGAUCUCACCAUUAUUUUCAGUAGGACACACCCUAGCGCUAAUAAAUAAAGUUAUAAAAGAGUCCUUAAAGCAGUGUUUCUUAAACUUACUAAUACUGUCCCUCCUCCAAAAAAAAAUGUUCACCACCCCAAACCCUAUUCUGGGAUCUGGAGGAGCGCUGUAAGCUUCCACAGUGGGGUAAGGAAUGGUUCUUAGAACGUACCGUAAAGGAAACUUACAGACAUAUUAUAGCACGAUUUUUUUUGCAAGUUUCUUUACAAAUAUAAAUAAAUACAUAUAAUAUGUUUUGACUUCAAAUGUACUUAAUGAAUGUUCAUUGAAGUAAUUCCAUUAAUUCUUUUUUUUUUACAGAAAUGUUUCAUAGAUAUAUUGUAAGUGUUUUGUAUUCUAGAAAAAUCUUUCAGGACAUCAUACAGAAGAGGCAGAGAAGGUUCCCUUUUCAGCCAGCAAGAUGUCUUGGGUAACGCUGCAAGGUUUUCCGGAGCGGAGACCGGCACAAAACGUUUUAUGCCUUCCUAGCUUUAAACAUUCCUUCUCUUGGCGUUUACAACGUAGGACUAGUGCUAAAAAAACCCAAUCAUGUUCCUUCUUCCCUAGUGCUAUUAGAGCAUGGAAUGAGUUGCCUGAGUCAGAAUUUAAGACAUCGGUUAACAUGCAUGACUAGAUGCAUGAUGCGUAGGACGUAAUCAUCUUUUUUUUUUGAAGUAACGUCUGUAUAAUAUAAGAUAAGAAAAACAACAACAACAACAACAUUAGAUUUAAAAGGAAUGGGACCGGCCAUUACGCAUAUCAAAUUAAAUGUAAUUAAGACGAAUCAAAUUAAAUCUAAUUAAGACGGACGUAGCAAUGGUCAAUGCUAUUAUGCGAGGGACAUUCGAUGUACAUAUGUAGCUCAUGUACGUCUGUAACAGACGUGAUCGUAGUAAGCUCGUCUUUAAGUAAGACGUCUUGUCACGGAACUUUUUUUUUUUUUUUUUUUUUUGAGAAACGCUGUCUUAGGGUUUCAUUUUUUUUUUCUUUUUGGCGUGCUGUUUUGAUCAGGCUGGAUGUACUUGGCCCAUAGCAUGCGAGUGUUAAGAUGGUUCUCUCCCUUUCUUCCUGCAGGAGAUCUCUUCGGCCUGACAUAGCCCAUAGUGUCCAGCCACUCCCACAAAUCUACCUUAAAUACGGGAUUUAAAACAGGGCUCUCUCUCUAUUCGUAAUAAUGGGCCUAAAGCAGAGGUUCUCACACUUUUUCAGUUCAUUAUUAUUAAUUAAGCUGAUUUUUUAAAAAUAUAAACUAUUUUUUUUUUUUGUGGAUAAGAUUUAGUAUAAAUGAAUCAAGUCUCACCACAUGAUAGAAACCAAUUUUUAUAAACAAAGAAAAAAGCUGUAGUGUGGUGUGUUUAUGUGGGAUAUAUAACUUGUGCGUAUGUGAGCCUAACUAUCCUUCCUUUCAAAAGUUUGCAUUUCAUUCGUUCUGCAAAGAAUUCACUGACAUGAUUUUGGCGCCAUUAGAAGAGCGGCUUCUCAAAUGACCUCGUUCUUUCUCAUUACCCAGCAACUCAUGUCAUUAUAUGCCUUAUUAAAACGUUGGUAACGUUCGCGUGUGGGCUGCUGCCCGAUGUAUGCUAUGUUUGUGUUUUCUGUGACAUUUCCAUCUAUGCAUUACUAGCAACUUUAUCCCGUCCAAAACAAAAUCUAAUUAUAAGCUCAAGUUGUUGUGGUUGCUUUAAAUCUUACAAAUGUGAUGUUUUGGAAUCUGAUCCUGUCCACAGUAACGCUAAAAAGUUGUAUUUACACUGGUGCUUGUAGCUCGUGUAUGUCUAACCACUAAUUUUGAACAUUUCAACUUUGCGCCAAAUGUUUUUCUGUAUAUUAGUACUUCUUCUUGACAUUCCAUUUAAAUUGAUGUGAAUAAUCAACUGUUUAUUAGAGAAAUAUUUAUAUUUGUGAUAAAGAUUGUAUUUUGGUCUUUAUUGACACGGCUAUAGAAGCCAGUGCUUCAAUGUAGAGCUGUUUUGUUUUUCUUUGUUUUUUUUUUCUUUCUGUUUUUAUGAAUGCUACAAAUUAUUGAGUUGUUCAUUGAAAUAAAGAAAUCAAAACUGA